UGGACAUUACAAAUAACCGAUUUGAUAGAAAUUUAAAGAAGGAUUACUAUAGUGUUUUACCUGGUUAAGAAUGGAUGUUGUAAAAUUAGGAAGCAUUAUUUUAUGUGUUUAUUUCUGUACUUGCAACUUGGGUUUCUGUAAGGUUAUUAAUGACAAAACUCCUGAUGGAUCCUCCGGCAGUUCAGAAUCUUUCGGUUCCCUAUCCAGGUUAGAUAAUUUAACAGCGGACCUGUUAGCUGAUUAUGGACCUAAUGUCCGACCAGUCUGUCCCGGACAAGAAACAAUUCCUGUUACUGUUGAUCUUGCAGUCAGACAGCUUAUAACACUGAACGAACCAGAACAGACAGUGCAGUUUAACGUAUGGAUGCGAUUGGGCUGGGUGGACUGUCAUCUGAAGUGGAACCCGGACGAUUAUAACGGAACAAAGUCUGUAGUAUUACCUAUAGAUCUCAUCUGGAAACCGGAUAUUACACUUUAUGAAAGUAUUUCGGAGGAAUUCUACGGUUUUGAGAAGUUCAGAGCUCAUAUCUACGCCGAUGGCCAUGUUACUUACAACUUUCCCUCCAAAAUAGAAGCAUUAUGUCCAGUUUCAGUGGCCAAAUUUCCUUAUGAUAGCCAAAUAUGUUCUCUGAUGUUCGGUUCAUGGUCAUAUAACGGGUUUGAACUUGAUGUCUCAACCAAGCAUGGUGCAGGAGAUCUAUCCUCAGUAAAAGAGAAUGUAGAAUGGAUCAUUGAAAAAAUACCAGCCGUCAGACACGAACUUUAUUAUGGUUGUUGUCCGGAACCGUAUCCUGAUGUUACAUUUUAUAUCAAUCUAAAGAGGAAACCAGGCUAUUACGUCACAAAUAUACUGAUACCCUCCUUACUGGUUACAUUGGUAGCAGGGCUAGGAUUUUUCCUACCAGCUGACUCUGGAGAGAAAGUGGGUUUAGAAUUGACCGUGAUGUUAGCAAUGUCUGUAUUCCAGUUAUUGAUAGCGGACCAUUUACCCCCAUCUGCUGACGAAACACCUUGGAUAUCCUCAUUUUUCAGUUUUACAAUGAUCUUAUCUGGUGGUUCUUCAUGUUGGCAAGUAUUGGUAUUGAAUUUACAUCAUCGAGGUGACAGACCAAUGCCAGAUUGGUUAAAAUUUUAUGUAUUGAAACUGCUUGGUAGACUAACAUAUGUAGAUGUUCCGAGAGUAAAACCCGUUUACGUAACAGAAUCUCAACCGAAAUGUGAUAAAUCAUUGGCCAAAAUAUUUAACAUUCUGGACAAGAAUAGAAAAUACAAAGAGGAAGAACUGGGAAACACCUCGUCUAUAAGUCUAUCGGAACAAGAAACCGAGAUUGCAGAAAACUCAGAAUUAUGGAUUAGUCUCGCCUUAAUGGUGGACAGAAUUGGAAUGAUGGUGUUCUUUUUAAGUUUAAGCAUUGGAUGUGGUUAUAUUUUUAAUAGAAUUCAGUCAGUUGAAUGAUUCUUUUUUAUGACACGUGACUGCUUAUUGGCGGUAUUACUGUAUUUUACACUGAGCCAGAAUAUUAAUGCAUCAUUGUUUUCCUUUAUACUAUUGUGAUGUUACUGAAAAGAUAAAUGUACUAUAGUCUUUCUUGUUUGAUUCUUUAACAGUCUUUUAAUUGUUAUAUUAAAUAUUUUAACUUA